GACCCGAGAUCGAUACAUCGCCGUCCUCACUUUUGAUUGCGGCUCACCCCCUGCGGCUUCGGUACAGCUUGCCAAUUAUGCUGGCAAGGUCGUGUCUGCGCCCGGCGCGCACCCUCAAUGGGCUUCGAAAUGCCGCCGUGAACGUCUCCAAGCGUGCUGCUUCAACAAGCUCUGGUGCCGAAGCUUCUCCUGCGCGCCUCAACAUCGCCGCUAUUGCUUCCACCACCCUCGCCGCCGGUUCUCUGGCCUGGUACUACCAUCUCUAUGGACCCGUGGCCUUUGCCUCGGCCCCUGCUGAGGAGGGUCUCCAUGCCACUCACUACCCUUGGGUUCACGAGCAGUUCUUCAAGACCUUCGACCACCAGGCUCUUCGUCGUGGUUUCCAGGUCUACCGCGAGGUCUGCGCCAGCUGCCACUCCCUCUCUCGAGUCCCCUACCGAGCUCUCGUCGGUACCGUCCUGACUGUCGACGAGGCCAAGGCCUUGGCUGAGGAGAACGAGUACCCCGACGAACCCGAUGAGCAGGGCGAGAUCCCCAUGCGACCCGGAAAGCUGGCCGACUACAUUCCUGCUCCCUACAAGAACGAUGAGGCUGCUCGAUUUGCCAACAACGGUGCUCUUCCCCCGGAUCUGAGCUUGAUCGUCAAGGCCCGCCACGGUGGCUGUGACUACAUCUUCAGCUUGCUCACCGGUUACCCCGAGGAGCCUCCUGCGGGUGUCACCGUCGCUCCCGGCAUGAACUUCAACCCUUACUUCCCUGGUACCGGCAUUGCUAUGGCUCGUGUUCUGUACGACGGCCUCGUCGAGUACGAGGAUGGAACCCCUGCCUCCACCUCCCAGAUGGCCAAGGACGUUGUCGAGUUCCUCAACUGGGCUGCCGAGCCCGAGAUGGACGAGCGCAAGAAGAUGGGUAUGAAGGUUUUGGUUGCCACUUCGGCUCUGUGGGCUCUCAGCGUCUGGGUUAAGCGAUACAAGUGGGCCUGGCUGAAGUCCAGAAAGCUUGCCUACGAUCCUCCCGCGGAGACCAAGGUCCGCCGAUGAAGGAGGUUAUAAUUCCCUGUGUGCCUGUGUAUACUACUAGUUUCCUCCUUAGAAAAAAAAGCUCUUUUGUGCUGGCGGAGGCGGAUAAAAUGGAUUGGUCGUUUCUGACAAGACGUGAUGCGUGUAUGUACGUUGGUGGCUGGGUUGGCUGCCUUAGAGCUUUUAAGAAAAAAAUUCAGAUGCCGUGUCAAUACUAGUUUUAUAUCAUCUAUUGAUUCGGAGAUAUGAGAUAUACCAUGGUCGAGCGGCUUUGCUGAUUAUACAACGAUUUGAAUAUUGUCUACGCAUCAUGUGAAAGAC